AUGACUGUGACCUACUCCAGUAGGGUUGCUAAUGCUACAUUCUUUGGUUUCCAUCGCCUGCUGCUGCGGUGGAGGGGCAGCAUCUACAAGCUGCUCUACCGAGAGUUCUUCAUCUUCGCCCUGCUCUACAUCGUCCUCAGCCUGGUCUACAGGUUUGUCUUGUCUGUCGACCAGAAGAGGUUCUUUGAGAAGCUCAGCCUUUACUGUGACAGAUACGCUGAGCAGAUACCAGUCACUUUCAUCCUGGGUUUCUAUGUGACUCUGGUGGUGAAUCGCUGGUGGAACCAGUUUAUCAAUCUGCCCUGGCCUGAUAGACUCAUGUUCCUUAUCACCAGCUGUGUCCAGGGCCGGGAUGAGUACGGCCGGCUGCUCCGUCGGACCAUGAUGCGCUACGUCAACCUCACCUCCAUCCUCAUCUUCCGCUCCGUGAGCACCACCGUCUGCAAGCGCUUCCCCACCAUCGAGCACGUGGUGGAGGCAGGCUUCAUGACUCCUGAGGAGCGGAAGCUGUUUGAGAACAUCAACUCUCCUCACCUGAAGUACUGGGUCCCCGUGGUCUGGUUCACCAACCUGGCCGCAAAGGCCCGCAAGGAGGGCCGCAUCCAGGACAGCGUGGACCUGCAGGCAAUCCUCAAGGAAAUGAAUAAGUUCAGAACUUGGUGUUCCACGCUGUUUGGGUACGACUGGGUUGGAAUCCCCCUGGUUUAUACACAGGUGGUGACUCUGGCGGUCUAUACCUUCUUCAUCGCGUGUCUGAUUGGCCGGCAGUUCCUUGACCCCUCCCAGGGUUACCCGGGUAACGACCUCGACCUCUACGUCCCCAUCUUCACCCUGCUGCAGUUCUUCUUCUACUCUGGAUGGCUAAAGGUAGCGGAGCAGCUCAUCAACCCGUUCGGCGAGGAUGAUGACGACUUCGAGACCAACUGGAUCAUCGACCGCAACCUGCAGGUGUCCCUGCUGGCAGUGGAUGAGAUGCACAUGAACAUGCCCCAUCUGACCCGGGACAUAUACUGGGACGACGCGGCCGCCCAGCCCCCCUACACGGUGGCCGCCGCCGACUACUGCAUCCCCUCCUUCCUGGGCUCCACCACCGACAUGGGACUGUCUGAUAUCCUUCAGUUUGAUGAGGCGGAUCUGACAGACGGUCGCCCGCGGCAACAGGAAUCUGUUUCUGCUCAUCGUCAAGAUUCGGUCCUGGGUCACGUCCGGCGAAUGCUCAGCGUCCAGGAGCCUCCAGAGCUGGUCCCCCCGCGACCCGGGUUCAAACGCCACAGCAGCGACGCCACCGGAACCUUCUUCCCCUUCAUGCCCAACUACAGGGUCCACCCCGGUGGGGAGGGCCGGGCUCCGCCCCACACACCCCUCCCCUCUCAAGGAGACACCUUGGACACGCUGAGAGAGCUCAGCAGCCCCAUCUCCCGGGACUCCCAAGCACCCCCCCAACUCCCCAAGGUUGUCAUCACCCCCUCGGCCUCCCGGAAGCCUGGGCCUCAGUUGGGUCCUAAGAGGUUUCGUUGGAGCAUCCCUAAAGACCGGGACCCCCGCGGCGGGGGGGUCCCGGCGCGGCCCACGGGGCCCCGGGGCCGCCAGACCUCCUUCCAGUUCUCCAGAAAGUCAUCCAGGCUGUCGGUACGAAGCCUGCCCAGCCCCACGGGCCUGGAGAGGAGGGGGGGGGACCUCUACAGGGACCCCGGCUCACCCGACCCCGGAGCCCUGAGCCAGAAGGGCCCCCUGGAGGACCCCGGCCCCGUCGCCCAGAUCCAGGAGGGCACCGUCGCCCAGAGCCAUGCGGGCCCCUGGCAGGCGGGCCCCCAGGAGGCCGACCUGCAGGGCCUGGCCGGGGGGCUGCCUUAG